GGCAGAAGGGCAAACCACUGAGAUGGACCUCACUCCUCCCGGCUGCCUAGAGACGCCCCGGAAAUGCACCCGGGGGUGGGCACCGCAGGGAGUCGGUGACGCACUUCCGCCCUGGUUUUUUGAGUACGUUUUUUGUCACGGGUCGAGGCGGGCUAUGGGUGGAAUUCGUGCGGGCGGGAAAGGUGUUGGAGGGGACCCGGCGGGGUAGGGUUGGGACGGGAUAGUCAGGAUCCUCUGUUCUGGGGAGGUCCGAGGAGUUCCGGGGUUUUUUGCAGAGUUUGCCGUCCUGUCACCUGAAGGCAGAACUCCGGGAAAGUCAGCACGCGCCGGAAAAGGAUGAUGAGUUCGAACUUGACCGCGAGUCAGGUCCGUGACGCCGAGUCAGGAGCCUGGAUGGCAGCCGCGAGGUCUCCGCAUGAUGGACUUCUGAUAGUGAAAGUGGAGGAAGACUCCCCCGGAGGUCAGGAGCCCGACCCGCCGGGGAGCUGUCAGGAUCCCGAAAAGUCGCGACAGCGUUUUAGGCGGUUCCGGUACCAGGAGGCGGCUGGACCCGAAGAGGCGCUCAGCCGGCUCAGGGAACUUUGUCGCGGGUGGCUGAGGCCGGAGCUACACUCGAAGGAGCAGAUCCUGGAGCUGCUGGUGCUGGAGCAGUUCCUGAGCAUCCUGCCCCAGGAGCUUCAGGCCUGGGUGCGGAAGCACAGCCCGCAGAGCGGGGAGAUGGCUGCGGCCGUGGUGCGCGCUAUCCAGGGAGCGCUUGUUGGGGCCUCCGCCCAGGAAACAGUGACAAGUAAAUACAACCAGGAUCCUCGAGUUAUAGACCUCUGUGCACAAAACCAACGUGGGAGUAUGGUCUAUCCACUGGGUUUGGCGACCCCCUCCUCCUACAGGUGAUAAUGGAACUAUAAUGGAGUUAACUGAUCAUGCCCAUGUGAUGAAGACUCCAUAAAAAAUCCCAGUGGUGUGAAAUUCGGAGAGCUUCCAGUUGGUGAACACAUCCAUAUACCCAGAGGGUGACAAACCCCAAUUCUGUGGGGAUAGAAGCUCCUGUGCUCCAGACACACACACCCCCAAGACCUCACUAUGUAUCUUUAUUUGGCUGUUUAUCUGUAUCCUUUAUUAUAUCUUUUUUGUAAUAAACUGGUACACAUAAGUGUUUCCCUACUCUGAGCUCUUCAGGCAAAGAGUUGAAUUGGUAGGGAGAGGUCAUAGGAACCUCUGAUUUGAGGGCAUGUCGGACAGAAAUUGUGGGUAACCUGGAGAUCUAUUAGUUGUGAUUGGCUUCCAAAGUUGCAAGGGGAGGGUAGUCUUGUGGGACAGAGCCCUUAACUUGUGGGAUCUGACUCUAUCCUGGUAGAUAGUAUCAGAAUUGAGUUAACCUUUAGGACACCCAGCUGGUAUGAAAGAAUUGUGAGAGGUGUGAAAAACCCCUACAUCUGGUAUCAAGUGAGGGAAAAUGGUAGUGAAAGUAUUCAGAGCAUUGAGAGCAGAAGAGAGGCGCAAGAGCAUGAUUUUCUUUUACAAAGAAGCAGAGGAAAAAAAUUUUAUUAUACUCAGAUCUUAGAAACAGGAGACACAGCAUGACAUUCAGAGCUUCCUGGGAAGGACACCAGGGUUGUUCAGAAGCAGAAAACUGGAGCAAAGGGAAGGUUUAGGCCAGAGCCUCUACUGAGGUUUCCCAGAUAGACUAGGCAGGACCAGGGGAACAGUUUAGGAUUGGUUGGUUUGAAUAAUUUCAACAGGCUCUAAUAUAUGGGGCUUGUCCUUAGUUGGCUGAUACCUGGUUGUAGGAUGAUUAAGGCAGAGGAAUGUUUCCUCCUGGAGCGUACAGGUCAGGUAGAGGAGGUAUGGCUUGAGAUUAAACAGUCUUGACUGAGCCUUUUGUUCUAAGAAUUGACUAGCCCUGGGAAGGGCCACCUCUCUAUCCAAAAAAGUUUUUUUUUUAAUUUUUUUUUAGAUCUUUUUUUAAGAUGUCAAAACAUAACAUACAGAACAUUUUAAAAUAUAUUUCCCUUUCCUUUUGUUUAGUGAGAGAUCCUUGGAGUCAGUUUGUGACGUGUCAUCGAAACCUAGACAGACAUCUCCCCCACACCAGUAUUAGAACUUUCCCUUCCUAAGAACUGUGGUUUUACCUUCUGUGAAUGGUCAACUUACAUUUAUUUUUUUUUAAAGAUUUUAUUUAUUUAUUCAUGAGAGACACAGAGAGAGAGGCAGAGACACAGGCAGAGGGAGAAGCAGGCUCCAUGCAGGGAGCCUGACAUGGGACUCCAUCCAGGUCUCCAGGAUCAUGCCCUGGGCUGAAGGUGGUGCUAAACCACUGAGCCCCACGGGCUGCCCAGUCAACUUAUAUUUAAAUAAGCUAUCUCAAAAGAUCAUCCUGUUGGAUAAUUAUCUUAUUGUGCAGUGGUCAAGGGAAGCACCUGCUGUCAGUAAGCUACUUUCAUCUUAAAUUAUUUGUUUGCUUUCACACAUGGGGUAACCGUAUCUCAGUGCUGGAAUUUGGACUUCCUGGUUAACUAUAUUUUUCAUUUAUGUCAGAUUUUCCAUUUUGAUAAAUCACAAUGAUGUAAUUCAAAUGAAGACUUUGCUCUUUCCCCAAAUUAGUGUAGAUAGUCCACAGAAGGGCUUUUCUUUUUUUUUAAUAAAUUAAUUUUUAUUGGUGUUCA